ACAUCUUUGAUAUUUGUCUUCUGAUCUAAUCCCCCAUGUCCAAUACUUUGAUUACGGCAAAUAAAAAACCUUCCAGAAACCCCAAAAAGCACAAUUUUUUUCCCCAGAUUAAAAUCCAAAACCCAUAAAAAGGCCACUUUUCUCCCUUUCUUAGUUUCUUACAACACCAACCAACCAAAAGCUUGAACAACCGAUAAUAAUGGCGGAAAAUCUCACAACUCCCUCUUCUAAACCUCCACCUUCUUCUUCUCGUCCAACGAUUACUCUACCUUCUCGAGCAGGGAUCGAGUCCCUCUUCACCGGGUCAGGAUUCGGGCUUAGCCCAGGCCCGAUGACGCUGGUCUCGAGUUUCUUCUCCGAAAACGACCCUGACUCUGAUUGUCGGUCUUUCUCUCAGCUCUUAGCUGGUGCUAUCGCUUCGCCUAGACCGCCGGUUGAACCGGAUCAUCUCCGGUUCAAGGAUUCUCGACCUCCCGGUUUGAUGAUUUCUCAGCAACAACAGCAGGGUGGUGGUGGGUUUUUUAUGCUUUCACCGGGGCUUAGCCCGGCUACGUUGCUCGAUUCGCCCGGUUUAUUUCCCGGUCAGGGACCGUUCGGGAUGUCUCAUCAGCAGGCUUUAGCUCAGGUUACUGCACAAGCUGCUCAGGCUCAAGCUAACUUGCAUAUGCAAAGUGUGUUACAAUCUUCAUUACAAUCAGGUCCUUCAGAGCCAGAGCCAGCUUUUACUUCUGAGGUAUCUACGCAACAGAAUACAGUGUCAUCUGCACCAGAUUCUAGAGAAACUAAAGAGGCAGCCCAAUUUUCUGGUUCUGAUCAAAGAUUGCAAACUUCUUCUAUUAUUGUUGAUAAGCCUGCCGAUGACGGUUUCAACUGGAGGAAAUAUGGGCAGAAGCAAGUCAAAGGAAGUGAGUUCCCACGAAGUUAUUACAAAUGCACAAGCGCUGGUUGUCCUGUCAAGAAAAAAGUGGAGCGUUCUCUUGAUGGACAAGUGACUGAGAUAAUCUACAAGGGACAGCACAAUCAUCAGCCACCACAAAGACGAUCAAAGGACGGUGGAAAUCUUAAUGAAAAUGCUGGAACUCAAGGAAACUCUGAAUCAGUUUCCCAGCUGCAAGCUAGUAACGUGAAUAGCACAAGUGAAGGGAUGGCUCACUCUGCAUCUAGAAGGGAACAAGAAUCUAGUCAAGCUACAGCAGAGAAUAUGUCUAGCGAUGAGGAGGAAGUAGGCAAUCGUGGAACUAGAGAAUGUGGAGGGGAUGAAGACGAACCUGAUGCCAAGAGGAGGAACACUGAAGUCCGGGUGAUAGAGCAAGCUGCUUCGCAUAGGACAGUUACGGAACCCAGGAUCAUUGUCCAAACAACUAGUGAAGUCGAUCUUCUGGACGAUGGUUAUAGGUGGCGCAAGUAUGGACAGAAAGUUGUCAAAGGAAAUCCAUAUCCAAGGAGUUACUAUAAAUGCACUUUCCAAGGAUGUAAUGUGCGUAAGCAUGUAGAACGCGCAGCCACAGACCCUAAAGCAGUUGUAACAACUUACGAAGGCAAGCAUAACCAUGAUGUUCCUGCUGCUAGAAUGAGUAGCCAUAAUACAGCCAACAACAACUCAUCACAACUGAGACCACACAAUUCAGCAGCCAGUAACAAUGCAUAUGUCGGGAACACAGAUUUUACAAAUUCUCAUCAACAGCCAGUAGCACUUCUGAGGUUGAAAGAAGAAAGAAUUACAUAAAUGUACGUGCCAGACAAAAGUAAUUUAGAGUCGAAAUACAGAUAUGUCGGGCACUGUGUUCAAUAUUUAAAUCUGCUUGCAGAUCAUCAUUUGGGCCAAAAUUUUAUCUUGGCCUGAGGAACCUUCAUACCAAUACACAGGAAAGAGCCAAGUAUACAGGACAUACAGACCGUUGGUUGGAAUCGAGGGAUCUCGUAAGAGUUUCCGGAAAGGAUUAUGCUUGUAUUGAAUUUGUUAGUAACAUUGUUGUAUACUUGUAUGUGUACACUUAGUGUAGUGGAUCUAUCUAUUUGAGUUUUGACAUGUAUUCUUUUUGUACAUGGGAAAACAAAUAUUUGAUGUAAUACUGCUAAAUUAUGUAGGAAAAAUAAAAAGUUCGGAUUGCAAGUUCCUUUUA